AUGAUCUACAAUUGUAUUGGUUACGAAAAGGGCCAAGCUUAUGCAACAAUAAAAAUAGCGAUUUUACCAAAUCUGCUCAGACUUAUCAAUAUGGACAGAAACAAAAAGUCAGAACUUUUAAUAGAUCAUUAUUUCAAAAUUAAAUUACACAAUGGCGAAGUAGUAGAACAACAAGAUAAAUUUACAAGUCAAGGUUUUUGUGACUGGAAGCAUCCAAACCUACAAUACGAAGACCAGAAAAAAUAUUGGAUAAAAGUUUUAAAAAGAAUUACUGAUGUUAUCAAGUUUCUCGCCUGUAGAGAUCUUGCUUUUAGAGGUGAUAACCAAAUACUCGGAUCAAAGCAUAAUGGAAAUUAUUUAGGAAUCUUGGAACUGUUAAGCGAAUAUGAUACUUUUUUAAAAGAGCACAUUAGUUGUCAUGGAAACAAAGGUCACGGUGUAACAUCAUACCUAUCAGCAAACAUAUGCAAAGAAUUCAUAGAAUCAAUGGAAAAGAAUGUUUUGAAAUCUAUAAUCGAAGAACUCAAAAAAUCAAAAUAUUACUCGAUAUCUGUUGAUUCAACUCCAGAUAUCACCCCUACCGAUCAACUAACUUUUACAGUCCGUUAUGUAAUAGACACAGGUCCUGUUGAACGUUUUUUAACAUUCAUUCCAAUUGAAGGACACGGGGCAGAGUAUUUAAGUACUGUAAUAAUCGAUUUUUUAGAAAAAAAUGAUUUGAACAUUAAGGAUUGUAGAGGACAGUCUUACGACAACGCGUCGAACAUGUCCGGUCGAUAUUCAGGAUUACAAGCUAGGAUAAAGCAAUUGAAUAAAUACGCCGAGUAUAUUCCUUGUGCUGCACACUCGCUAAAUUUAGUCGGUGUAAAAGCAGCUGAAUGCGUGCAACCUGUAGUUGCAUGGCGAAUUUUAUUAGUUGAAUUAGGAGCAGGAAAUCUAGUUUUAAAAGCAUUACCUGCAACAAGAUGGUCAGCCCAGGCUGAUGCUAUUACUGCACUUUGUAAAGGUUAUACGAAUAUUAUGAAAGCUCUUAAUAAAAUAUCAAACGAUACUACUAUGUCUAGUGAAGCAAGACACGAGGCUCAAUCUUUACUUAAGAAGAUGUUAAAUUUACAAACUUUGUUUUUGACGAUACGUCAAACCAAGGAGACAGUGAUAUGGAGAUCACUAGCUCCAAAUCAGAGUCGGAGUAAUCUUCAGACGUGUGAAACUUCAGAGACGAUUCUUCAGAGCGAUCAACCCAAAGGAAGGGAGUGUUAA